UUCCGAGUCUUACGUUUCAAGUCAACGCUCCCUUCCCUUCCCUUUCCUUUCACCUUCUUCUCUCCAAAGAUGAUACCUUUUUAGAUCUCUCUCUCUCAUUAAAGAAAGGUUUCAUCUUUAAUCUCAAUCUUCAUUACCCAUCAACUGUUACUCUCUUUUCUGUUGUGGGUUUUGAUCAGGACUACUGAAAGUCUCAACCUUUUUUCUGUGAUGGCUCAUCAUCCGGUUUACACGGAGACUCUGUCAAUGGGAGGAGGGUCAAGCCACGGUUUCGGCCAGCAGCCCGUGCCCUUCGCCACCAGCACCGGAUCUUUGCGUGUAGAGCUGCUUCACGGUAACUUAGACAUUUGGGUUAAAGAAGCGAAACACCUCCCAAACAUGGACGGCUUCCACAACCGUCUGGGCGGGAUGCUCUCCGGUUUAACCAGAAGGAACAGUUCCAAACCGGAAGGAGGUGAGAAGUCCUCCAAGAUCACGAGCGACCCUUACGUCACCGUCUCCAUCUCAGGCGCCGUGAUCGGCAGAACCUUCGUGAUCAGCAACAGCGAGAACCCUGUGUGGAUGCAGCACUUCGACGUCCCCGUCGCUCACAGCGCUGCCGAAGUCCACUUCGUGGUCAAAGACAGCGACAUCAUCGGGUCACAGAUCAUGGGAGCUGUCGGAAUCCCGACCGAGCAGUUAUCUUCAGGGAACAGGAUCGAAGGUUUCUUCCCUAUACUCAACAGUAGCGGGAAGCCUUGUAAACAGGGAGCUGUGUUGAGUCUGUCUAUCCAGUACACUCCGAUGGAGAGGAUGAGGGUUUACCAGAUGGGUGUUGGUUUUGGUAAUGAGUGUGUUGGAGUUCCCGGUACUUACUUCCCUUUGAGGAAAGGAGGGAGGGUUACUCUGUAUCAGGAUGCUCAUGUUGACGACGGUACGCUUCCGAGUGUGUAUCUCGACGGUGGUGUGCAGUAUAGGCAUGGGAAGUGCUGGGAGGAUAUGGCUGAUGCUAUUAGGCAGGCGAGGAGGUUGGUUUAUAUCACUGGUUGGUCGGUUUAUCAUCCGGUUAGGCUGGUUAGGCGGAAUAAUGAUCCAACGGAUGGUACGUUAGGGGAUUUGCUGAAGGCCAAGUCUCAGGAAGGUGUGCGAGUGUUGGUUUUGGUGUGGGAUGAUCCUACUUCAAGGAGCCUUCUAGGCUUCAAAACUCAAGGAGUUAUGAACACAAGUGAUGAAGAGACUCGCCGGUUCUUCAAGCAUUCGUCAGUGCAAGUACUUCUUUGCCCUAGAUCUGGUGGGAAAGGUCACAGCUUCAUAAAGAAAUCUGAAGUUGGAACUAUCUACACGCAUCAUCAGAAAACUGUGAUUGUAGAUGCAGAUGCAGGUCAGAACAGAAGAAAGAUCGUGUCAUUUGUUGGAGGGUUAGACGUGUGCAACGGACGUUUUGAUACUCCCAAGCAUCCUCUCUUCAGGACACUUAAGACACUCCAUAAAGAUGACUUCCACAACCCUAACUUUUUGACAACUGCGGAUGAUGGACCAAGAGAGCCAUGGCAUGAUCUGCACAGCAAGAUCGAUGGUCCAGCUGCAUAUGAUGUGCUUGCUAAUUUUGAAGAACGCUGGAGAAAAGCCUCGAAAUCUCGCGGAUUGGGCAAGUUAAAAUCGGCUUCUGAUGAUUCGUUGCUUUUCAUUGAUAGAAUUCCAGACAUCGUAGGACUAUCAGAAGCUUCUUCUUCUGUUAAUGAGAAUGAUCCAGAGACUUGGCAUGCUCAGGUUUUCCGUUCGAUUGAUUCAAGUUCAGUCAAAGGGUUUCCAAAGGAUCCAAAGGAAGCUACUGGAAGAAAUCUACUGUGUGGGAAGAACAUACUCAUUGACAUGAGCAUACACGCUGCUUAUGUUAAGGCCAUAAGAUCUGCUCAGCACUUCAUCUACAUUGAGAACCAGUAUUUUCUUGGAUCAUCAUUCAACUGGGAUUCAAACAAGGACUUGGGUGCUAAUAAUCUAAUCCCUAUUGAAAUCGCGCUUAAGAUUGCUAACAAAAUUAGAGCAAGAGAGAAGUUUGCUGCUUAUAUUGUCAUUCCAAUGUGGCCUGAAGGUCCUCCAACGAGUAACCCUAUACAGAGAAUUCUAUACUGGCAGCACAAGACCAUGCAAAUGAUGUAUCAGACCAUCCACAAGGCACUUGUGGAAGUUGGACUUGAUGGUCAGUAUGAGCCACAAGACUUUCUCAACUUCUUCUGUCUUGGAACCAGAGAGGUUGCUGAUGGAACAGUUAGUGUAUACAAUAGUCCUCGGACUCCACCUAAGUCAAACGCAAAUGCAAAUGCUAUACAGGUAUAUAUAUGUCUAUAUGUAUUACAUAUAAAAUGGAUGACUCCAGCUGUUGAGAUAUUUAAUGGACUCCUUCUGCAGGUGCAAGCUUUGAAGAGUAGGAGGUUUAUGAUAUAUGUUCAUUCCAAAGGUAUGGUCGUUGAUGAUGAGUUUGUCUUGAUCGGUUCCGCGAAUAUCAACCAGAGAUCCUUGGAAGGAACUAGAGACACUGAGAUCGCCAUGGGAGGUUAUCAACCACACCAUUCAUGGGCUAAGAAAGGCUCUCGUCCUCGUGGUCAGAUCUUUGGAUAUAGAAUGUCGUUGUGGGCAGAACAUCUAGGGUUUCUAGAGCAAGGUUUCGAGGAACCGGAGAACAUGGAAUGCGUGAGAAGAGUUAGGCAAUUAAGUGAGCUGAAUUGGAGACAGUAUGCAGCAGAAGAGGUCACGGAGAUGCAAGGUCAUCUUCUUAAGUAUCCAGUUCAAGUGGAUAGAACAGGGAAAGUAAGUUCUCUUCCUGGUUGUGAGACGUUCCCAGAUCUUGGUGGUAAGAUCAUAGGCUCGUUCCUUGCGCUACAAGAAAACCUCACCAUCUGAAAGACUGAAAACUUGCCUUGUGGUAUCAACAUUUUUUUUCUUAAUUUCUUCCACUUCAAGAAACCUCCCCGAGUGUGAUAUGAAUAAAAGUGUGACUUUAGGGUUCAUUUGUGUUUUAAAAAAAAUUACGACUGCAGAUUUGUUCAUUACAAUUACUUAAGUUGAUCAUAGUGUGCGUUUUGGAUUUUCUCAACUA